AUAUUGAUAUACAUUUUAAUACUUGUGUCAAUAGAAGUGCAGAGUGCAUUAUAGUUAUCAUUUCUAAUUCUAGUGUUUAUUUCUUAAGAGUGCCGUGAGCAAAAUUAAAUUCAGUUAUCACGCAUUUACUUCAAAGUAUUGUAAGAUAGAUAAUUAUCAGUUGGUUAUUUGUGCUGUGGUGUUACCUAUAAGUUGAAAAAAACUAUUUUAAUCUUUGUCAAGAAGUAUUGGUGUAUUAUUAAUACUAACAAAAUAAUUAUGGACAAUGGAUUAAUAAUCUUUAUGUUAUAAAUUAGAAAUAAAUUCCAUUUUUUUUUUCUACAAUUCUAGAUAUUAUAAUUGUCAGUUAUUAUUCUAUAAAAUUAGUCGCGGUUUAAAGAAAUUGUAUUGUAUUAAAAUAUCAAUUUCUCAGUUAGAAGGCAAAUUGUUAGAUUAGAUUUGAGAAAAUUACUAGUCAUGGCAAGACGUAAACAAUCAGAUAAAACGCCUCUCAUUAAUAAAAAUUCCUCAUCUAAUAAUUCAUUGUGGGAUGCUGAUGAUGAUGCAGAGUUCGAGAGAACUGAUGACAUGGUACAAGUACCACGAUUUAUACCAACCACAAAUGAACCUUCUGCAGAAACGGUGAAGAUUAAAAUUGAAGGAAUGACAUGUCAGAGUUGUGUUAAUAGUAUUCAAGAUACUAUAAAGAAACGGAAAGGUGUGAUAAAUAUACGAGUUGUGCUGGAAGAAAAUGCGGGGUAUAUAAAUUACAAUAGUGAAGAAACAUCUGCAAAUGAAUUGGUAGAAGCUAUAAAUGACAUGGGUUUUGAAGCAAGUUUUUUUGAUUCUGAAAAUCGAGAAGAUGAUGUUGAAGAAUCAGUUGUUAGAUUAAGUACUUGUAGUAUUCAUAUUGAUGGAAUGACUUGCCAAUCUUGUGUUAAAAAUAUUACAGAUGUAAUAUCAGGAAAACCAGGAAUCAUAGAAAUAAAUGUCUCUCUAAAUAAUAAAGAAGCAAAAGUAUCAUACCGCAGUACUGAUGUUAAGCCAAAUGAAAUCGCCGCCUACAUAGAAGAUAUGGGAUUCGACGCAUUUGUUAAGGAGGUCAAUGGUCAUGCUGUCACAUCAGAAACCAAACCAGUAGAGAAAGAAGAAAAGAGUAUUUCAUUACCGCUAACCAAUGGUACUGUUGGAGAUUAUAAAAAGUCUGAAAAUCUGGCCAAAUGCUUUCUACAUAUAAAAGGUAUGACGUGUGCAUCAUGCGUUGCAGCUAUAGAAAAACAUUGUAAAAAAUUAUAUGGAGUAAGAAGUAUUUUAGUAGCAUUAAUGGCUGGGAAAGCAGAAGUCACUUAUGCAUCUGAUAAAAUUCGGCCAGUAGAUAUAGCUUCUAGUAUAACGGAUUUAGGUUUUCCUACUUCAAUAGUUGAUGAACCAGGAACCGGUAUUUCUGAAGUAGAAAUACAAAUAUCAGGCAUGACAUGUGCAUCAUGUGUGAACAAAAUUGAAUCAACUGUUAGUAAAUUACCCGGUGUUCAUUCUGCAGCAGUAGCUUUAGCAACGCAACGAGGAAAAUUUAAAUUCGAUGCGUCUGAAACGGGUGUUAGAGAUAUUAUUGAGAGAAUCAAUAAACUUGGUUUCACUGCAAGUUUAUUUAAUAAUGGUGAUAAGGAGGGUCGUGAUUAUCUUAAUCACAGGGAAGAAAUUAAGAAAUGGAAAACUUCAUUUGUGAUAUCAUUAAUUUUUGGACUACCAAGUAUGAUAAUAAUGACAUACUUUAUGUUAGAAAUGUCAAUAGGACACAAGAGUCAUGAAGAUAUGUGUUGUGUAAUCCCAGGAGUGUCAUGGGAAAACUUAUUGCUAUUUGUAUUCUCCACCCCAGUUCAAUUUUUUGGUGGAUGGAAUUUUUAUGUUCAAGCGUAUAAAGCUUUAAAACAUGGUACAACUAACAUGGAUGUUCUCAUAUCAAUGACAACAACGAUCUCAUAUAUUUAUUCGUUAUGUGUCUUGAUCGCAGCAAUUGCAAUGCAGGAACACACUAGCCCUCAAACCUUUUUUGAUACUCCACCAAUGUUACUCGUUUUCAUUAGUUUAGGUCGAUGGUUAGAACAUGUAGCUAAAGGAAAGACAUCAGAAGCUCUCUCUAAACUUUUGUCACUAAAAGCUACAGAUGCUGUUUUAGUGACUCUUGGAGCUAAUAAUGAAAUUUUAUCAGAAAGACUAAUAAGCAUCGAUUUAGUGCAAAGAGGAGACGUACUUAAAGUCGUCCAAGGCUCUAAAGUUCCAGUUGAUGGUCGAGUAUUAACAGGACAGUCUGCUUGUGAUGAAAGUUUAAUAACUGGAGAAAGCAUGCCUGUGCCAAAGAAACCAGGAUCAAUCGUAAUUGGUGGAUCUAUUAAUCAAAAUGGUCCUUUGUUAAUUAUAGCAACACAUACUGGAGAACAUACAACUCUUGCUCAAAUAGUUCGUUUAGUAGAAGAAGCACAAACAAGUAAAGCACCGAUCCAGCAGUUGGCUGAUAAAGUUGCUGGAUACUUCAUUCCUUUGGUUAUAGCUGUUUCUGUAGUCACUUUAAUUGUCUGGACGAUAGUUGGAUAUGUAAAUACUGAAAAUUUGCCCAUGGAAACGUCAGUGAAUAAUUCAACUCAUGGGUAUCAAAGAAAUAGAGAAGAAAUAAUUUUCCAAUAUGCAUUUAGAUGUGCUCUUUCAGUACUUGCUAUUGCUUGUCCGUGUGCCUUAGGACUUGCUACACCCACGGCUGUAAUGGUUGGUACGGGUGUAGGAGCACUUAAUGGAAUUUUAAUUAAAGGAGCGGAAUCUUUAGAGAAUGCUCAUAAAGUUAAAUGCAUUGUAUUUGACAAAACAGGUACCUUGACUCAUGGAACUCCUGUGGUUUGUAGAGUUGGAUUGUUUGUUAAUGAAAAAGUGUUUUCCAUUGCUAAGCUCUUGGCUAUUGUUGGUACUGCCGAGGUAAAUAGCGAACAUCCUAUAGCAUCAGCGAUUGUGCGUUUUGUAAAAGAAACUCUUGGUACAGAAGUAAAUGGCCAAUGUACAAAUUUCCAAGCAGUAGCAGGCUGUGGUUUAAGAUGUCGAGUUAUGCAUUUAGAGACCAUGAUGACACAUGCAAGCAAAUCUGAAGCGAUACUUAAUUAUAAAAAUCAAGUACGACAAGAGUCUUCCGGUCUUUUUAGUUUAAACCAAGUUCCAGUUGAUUUAAUUCCCCUUCCAACUGUAAAUCAUGACAAGCAAAGUCUUCAAUUUCAAUUAUUAUUAGAUCCUAAUAUGACCAAUGAACAAAGUAAUUCUCAAGAUUAUUAUGAGGUUUGCAUUGGAAAUAGAGAAUGGAUGAAGAGAAAUGGAAUUAUUAUACCUCAAAAUAUUGAUACACAAAUGAUGGAGCAAGAGAGUUUAGGAAGUACAGUUAUUUUAAUAGGAAUAAAUGGUACUUUAGUUGCAACAAUAAAUGUUGCUGAUACAGUGAAACCAGAAGCACACUUAGCUGUUUAUACUUUAAAGAAAAUGGGCUUAGAAGUGAUUUUAUUAACAGGAGAUAAUCGAAAAACUGCUGCAUCAGUUGCUAAACAGAUUGGUAUCACGAAAGUAUUUGCAGAAGUUUUACCUUCUCAUAAAGUGGCAAAAAUAAGAAGACUUCAAGAACAAGGAUUGAGAGUUGCUAUGGUCGGUGAUGGAGUUAAUGAUAGUCCAGCACUUGCUCAAGCUGACGUUGGUAUAGCCAUCGCAUCGGGAACUGAUGUUGCUGUAGAAGCUGCAGAUGUUGUUUUAAUGAAGAAUGAUCUGUUAGAUGUUGUGGGUUGUUUACAUCUGUCGAGAAAAACUGUAUUAAGAAUAAGACUAAAUUUCUUAUUUGCUAGUAUAUAUAAUUUAUUAGGCAUUCCAAUAGCCGCCGGGCUCUUCAGUCCUUUUGGUUUCUUCCUAGAGCCGUGGAUGGCUUCUGCUGCAAUGGCAUUAAGUUCUGUUUCUGUUGUUGCCAGUUCACUUAUGCUCAAAUUAUAUAAAAAACCAACGAAAUUAUCUUUAGAAACUCCAGAGUAUUUAGCAAGUUUAAAAAAUCAUUCAAUGUCAUUGGAUAAUGUGAUAACAUUGAAUGAUGUAGGAAGAGAAGAUUCUUCAGUAGGAGCUAUACGUUCAUCUUCAACAUUAUCCAGAUUAUUUGGAACAACAAAAGAAGAAGCUGAAGGUCUUCUUGGUAAUGAAGAUAAUGUCGGAUAUACAGUAAUGAAUUUUUCCCAACAAAAAUCAACCAAUGAUAGCAACCGAGACUUUAUUUCAGACGCAAUUUAAUUUUUUGUAUUUUUUAUUUACAUUUUUUUUUUUUUUUCAAUGUAAUAUGUGAAAUAUAACAUUGAAAGUUACCAGUAAUUAAUAUUAAUCAAUCAUUGACACAACAUAAUUCAAUAGCUUUUUGAGAUUAAUCAAUUUCAGAGUUUGAUCCUUAAACUAUAAUCAGAAACUUUUUGUACUUAACAUUUACAUAUUCAUAUUACAAAAAUAAUCAAGACUUUGUAAUUAUUAUAAUUGGAGUUGAAAAAGCUAAGUGACAAUAGUUUUUCAAGUAAACAGAUACAUUAUUUGUAUG